UGCUUGUACGGAGGAUAUGGUAACUUCUUUGUACCAAUAUAUAUUGGUGGUUCGGAAGUCGUUUUCCCAAGAACUAACGCGAUCUCCUAUUUUCUAGUACCAUUAGGUUCUGUGUUGUUAACUCAAAGUAUUUGUUCCGAGUUUGGUAGUGGUCUUGGUUGGACAAUGUAUCCUCCACUAAGUACUAGCUUGAUGGUGUUAAAUCCAGAGGCAACUGAUUGGAUUAUCGGAGGUCUUGCAGUACUAGGAAUUAGUAGUAUUUUAAGUUCUAUUAACUUCCUUGGUACUUGCGUCUUCAUGGGUUCUAAUGCUGGUGCUAAGAACUAUAUUCUAUAUAUCUGGGCUAUCAUAUUUACUGCCCUUAUGUUAGUCUUCACUCUACCUAUUCUUACUGGUGGAUUAGUUAUGAUCCUUCUUGAUCUACACGUAAACACUGAAUUUUAUGAUUCUAUGUAUUCUGGUGAUAGUGUACUUUAUCAACAUCUAUUCUGGUUCUUCGGACAUCCAGAGGUAUACAUUCUAAUUUUACCUGCUUUUGUGUAGUCUCGCAGACAUUAUCUAUGUAUGCUGCUAGAUCUGUCUUCGGUGGACAAUCUAUGAUCUUAGCUAUGGGUUGUAUUUCUAUUCUAGGUUCCUUAGUAUGGGCACAUCAUAUGAUGACAGUCGGUCUAGAGGUAGAUACCAGAGCUUAUUUCUCUGCUAUGACUAUUAUGAUUGCAAUUCCUACCGGUACUAAGAUUUUCAACUGGUUAGGUACCUAUAUGGCUAGCCAUACAACUACAAGAACUGUAGAUCUAUGGGCUGCUCUUAGUUUUAUCCUAUUGUUUACUCUAGGUGGUACUACAGGUGUAGUUAUGGGUAACGCUGGUAUGGAUAUUGCCCUACAUGAUACAUACUAUAUUGUAGCUCAUUUCCAUUUCGUAUUAUCUCUUGGUGCAGUACUAGCUACUAUAUGUGGCUUUAUCUUCUAUAGCAGAGAUAUGUUCGGAGAUACUGUAAAUCUAUUCCAUGUAAAUACCGGUGCUUCUCCAUAUUUAAGCAUCUGGUUUGUAGUCUUCUUAGGUAGUAUCUUAUUAAUUUUCAUCCCUAUGCAUAUACUUGGUUUCAACGUUAUGCCAAGAAGGAUACCAGAUUACCCUGAUUAUCUUUGUUAUAUUAAUACAUGGUGUUCAAUUGGUUCUAUAUCCACAAUAGUUAUCAUCUUAACUAUGCUCUGCAUUAAGUAUAGUGGUAUCCAGCGUAUAUUUGAAAAACCAACAUUUGUAUACAAGCUGUACGAAUAUCAUGACAUUCACUUGGUAGUCGCCUUCUUAAUGUUAGUCUGUACGGAAUACUUAGGACUAUCUCUUUAUAUUAAUGAUAAUGCAUUUGGUAAUGGACUUUUCAUCUUAACUGGUAUACAUUUUAGCCAUGUUAUUGUUGGAGCUAUCCUUGUAUUCUUCACUCAAAGUAUCUAUAGUUCUUUAGUUACUUACAUGCCUACAAGCUCUAUAAUGCUAAGCAAAUCUAAAGGUAUGUUAUGCAAGAUCUUUACAGAACCAUUCACUAUUUUAUAUCUACACUUUGUAGAAACCAUGUGGAUAUUAAUCCACAUUACAUUCUAUCUCUAA